UAACUCUGGUCUUGUCAAUACCUGUAGAAUACGUGUACACGUCGAGGGCUACCAACCGCCUUAAAGAACCAAUUAGAGACCUCUAUGUUAACAGGUUAAAGUUCAUCUAGAGAGGAAGUUGUUGGCUGCCGGGGGAACAUUAGCUAGUAGCUACGGGAUGACGACCAGUAGUAAUGCUUAUCAGGACCUUUUUUUUAACAUUACUAAAUUAUGUCAGUCCAUUACUAGGUAAUCGCAUCUUGGAAUAAGUCCAACGAUAAACGUGAAUUCAGUAAGGAUGACAAUACGUUUAUCACACAAUAAAAAAAAGACUUGCCUGUUCCAUGUAAACCCCGGAAGUGUUGCAUACAGAGCUAGCUUGCUAAUUGUUUGCUAGGGCAGCUAACUAGCGACAUCUAUGCUGUUUUAGUUGUCCAGCACGUUUUUGUCUCGAGUAUUGUGGAAACGCAGUACUGAUAAUAUGGUCCAUAACGGCAAUGUAAAAUCCGUAGUCCAUCACCGAAGAUAGCAUCUGCCAUCUGGCAAGCAAGCUGUUUUACAGUUAGCUUAUCUGCAAGAUGAUGGGACAACGGACAAUGUCCGUCUUUUAAGGGGUUCGAUACCAAAGGCAGGUUGAAACACUGCACUGUACACCACUCGAAAGGUACUUCUCAACCCUUAGGGCACCUCCGGAUGUCAUAUCAAUGAUCGUUUGUCUCCAGCUGUCAGAGCUUUGUUCAGCGUGCAGACAUCAUGAGUACCAAAUUUGGACUGAUCAACUACAACUCCCGCAAGCACAUCUCCAUCUCCGUGCCCUCCUCUACAGAGGUCAUGUCCCCACACAUCAAGUCUGUUGAGGAGCUACGAGUGCUGGGCAUCAACCUCAGCAACUUCAACCCACCUGUGCAGUUCUCCAUCUGCGUGGCAGGGGUCUUUGUGUUUUACCUCAUCUAUGGCUAUCUGCAGGAGCUUAUCUUCUCUGUGGAGGGAUUUAAGCCCUUUGGGUGGUACCUCACCUUAGUGCAAUUUGGCUUCUACUCCACGUUUGGCCUGGUGGAGCUGCAGCUAACACAGGACAAGCGGAGAAGAAUACCUGGGAAAACCUACAUGGUGAUAGCAUUUUUAACUGUUGGGACCAUGGGUCUGUCAAACACUUCGUUGGGAUACCUAAACUAUCCCACACAAGUCAUCUUCAAGUGCUGCAAACUCAUUCCUGUAAUGAUAGGAGGAGUUUUCAUACAAGGGAAACGCUACAAUGCUGUAGACGUCUCUGCUGCCCUGUGCAUGAGUCUGGGCCUCAUCUGGUUCACCCUGGCGGACAGCAAAGUGGCCCCCAACUUUAAUGUGACCGGGGUCCUCCUCAUCUCUUUGGCCUUGUGUGCCGACGCCGCCAUUGGAAAUGUUCAGGAGAAGGCCAUGAAGAUCCAUAACGGCUCCAAUUCCGAAAUGGUGCUGUACUCCUACUCCAUCGGCUUUGUUUACAUACUGUUGGGCCUGUUGUGUGUCGGGGGACUGGGACCGGCUGUGGCCUUCUGCUCACAGCACCCUAUGACAACAUACGGUUACGCCUUCUUCUUCUCCCUCACGGGCUAUUUUGGAAUUUCUUUUGUGUUGGCAUUGAUCAAGCUGUUUGGCGCCCUGGCUGCGGUCACAGUGACGACCGGGAGAAAAGCCAUGACGAUAGUGCUGUCCUUCAUGUUCUUUUCAAAGCCUUUUUCAUUUCAGUAUAUCUGGGGUGGCCUGCUGGUCGUACUCGGGAUCUUCCUGAACAUUUACAGCAAAAACAAGGACAAGAUGAAGCUGCCCUCCCUGGCAGAGAUCCGUAGUCGUCUGCUGAGGGAGGGGAAGGUCCGGCUGCUCUCACAGAACGUCUAGCGCCCGGUCUUGGGGGGCCCCACGAUAUACAGGACCUCAGCUCCCAGACUUUGGUUCGGAUGUGGAUCUCCACGCUGACUUAACCUCAAGGGCCUUAGUCAGUCACAUUCCUGUCAGGAGAGCCGUGAUGGUCGAAGACUUGCUAGUAUCAAAGGGAAACUGUUUAAAAAAAAAAGCCAAAAAAAGCACAGCUUUGCACUAUUAUUGGUGACUUUCGAUUGUGCAGGACUUGAAGGAAGGAGAGACAUUUUAAAAAAUACCACAGACUGUAAACAGACCCUGUCCAAGUUGAAUGUGUAUCAAAUGGAAUCAUCUUAAACAGUGAAUCUUCACCUGCACGUGCCACAAGAAAUAACUUCUUUUUUUGUUGUUGUUUUUCUUAAUCAAGUGUGUAAGAUGCAUACAUUUCCAUAAUCUAUUUUAAUUUAUAUUUCCUGAUUAUACUGGAAGUGGGGAUCACACACACACACAGACACACACACACACACACACACACACACACACACACACAAAGUUGCAGCAUCUUCAAAAGGGCAGGGACGUGGAAGUUUAUCGAACAACGUGUCAACUGCCAUAUUUGCUAACCGUUUGGUGGUGACCAGACAGCUCUUUUUACAUUAAAAAACAAACUGGGAAGUUUA